AUGAUAGGGGGCAUUUUCCCUGUAUUCAACAAACAAGAGGACAGCAGUGCCUCUUUUGUGAAGGAGCCUGAUAAAGUGAAGUGUGCUGGGUAAGUAUUUGACAUGCGGGCCUUUCGCUGGACCCAAGUGAUGAUGUUUGCGAUUGAUGAAAUAAACAAAGACAGUAGUCUACUACCCAACGUCUCCCUAGGCUACAGGAUCCUUGACUCGUGUGCAUCUCCCACCAAUACUUUACGGGCUGCUCUGACGUUGGUUAGCAGUCCAGAGGAGAUCGAGCCCACUGCCCCAUGCCUACCUACUAUAUCUGCCCUUAUAGCUGAAUCAGGCUCCUCUCAGUCCCUGGCUGUGGCUGGAACACUGGGACCAUUCAGAGUGCCAAUGGUCAGUUACUUCUCCACAUGUGCAUGUCUGAGUGAUAAAGGUAAAUACCCCACAUUCUUCCGCACCAUCCCCAGCGACUACCAUCAGGCUAAGGCUUUGGCAGCCCUGGUCAAGCACUUUGGCUGGACUUGGAUUGGGGCGAUACAGUCCGAUAAUGACUAUGGCCGGAAUGGGGUCCAAGCCUUCACUGAAGAGGUUAAAAAACUUGGGGUUUGCAUUGCAUUCGUUGGGACGGUGUUACGAACCUACCCAAGUAGUAAAAUCCUUGAUGUGGUGGACAUGAUCAAACAAUCAACAGUCCGAGUCAUCCUGUCAUUUGUUCCUGAGGGUGACCUUUACCCGCUGAUGAGGGAGGUGGUGAGGCAGAACAUAACGCACAUUCAGUGGAUCGCCAGUGAGGCUUGGAUCACAGCAGCCCGGCCCUCCACCCCUGAAAUAUACAGCUCCUUCGGUGGUGCCAUAGGAUUUGUGGUGCGGAAGAUGGCCAUCCCAAAACUACGACACUUUCUCAUGGGCAUCAGUCCAUACACAGAUCGAAAGGCUGCCUUUGUGAGGGAUUUCUGGGAGAAGAUAGUCAGUGAUCAACUGAAGACUGUGCAUUUCAUAAAUCAAUUCGGUGAGGCUGUGUUCUUUGACGAAAAUGGAGACCCCCCUGCCUCGUAUGACGUCAUCAACUGGCAGCUGAGGGCAGGGCAGAUUCCUGAAGCAGUGUGCUCUCAAAUCUGCCCUUUUGGAACCAGAAAAGCCCAAAUCAAAGGAAAAUCUGUCUGCUGUUUUGAUUGCAUCCCCUGUGCUGAUGGGACAAUAGCCAAUGCAACGGCGGACUGCAGCCCCUGUCCACAGGAGUACUGGUCCAACGACGGGAGGGACCAAUGCAUCCUGAAAACAGUCGAGUUCCUGUCUUACCACGAACCAAUGGGGAUCGCCCUUACUAUGGUGUCCCUGCUCGGGGCCUGCCUGUCGUUUGCCACCAUGCUGGUGUUCAUCCACUAUAAGGACACACCAGUGGUCAAGGCCAGUAACUCUGAGCUGAGCUCUCUACUGCUGUUCUCUCUCUUCCUGUGCUUCCUCUGUCCCCUCACCUUCAUCGGCAGGCCCACCGCCUGGACCUGUAUGCUGCGCCACACCGCCUUCGGGGUGACCUUUGCCCUCUGCAUCUCCUGCAUGCUGGGCAAGACUAUCGUGGUGGUAACAGCCUUCAGGGCUACGCUGCCCGGCAACAACGUGGCAGGGAAGUUUGGGCCCUCCCAGCAGAGGAUCAUCGUGUGCUCCUGCACCGUGGUUCAGAUAUUUAUCUGUGUGCUGUGGCUAAACCUGAACCCGCCUUAUAGGGACUUCAGAUAUAGUCAUAGGAAGAUAGUUCUAGAAUGUAAUACUGGUUCCGAGACUGCAUUCUAUGCAGUGUUGGGAUAUAUAGGUAUUCUUGCAGGGAUAUGCUUGGUUCUGGCUUUUCUUGCUCGGAAGCUGCCUGAUAACUUCAAUGAGGCCAAAUUCAUCACCUUCAGCAUGCUCAUAUUCUGUGCAGUCUGGAUCACCUUUAUCCCAGCUUAUGUCAGCUCUCCUGGGAAGUUCACUGUAGCUGUGGAGAUCUUUGCUAUUCUGUCUUCCUCCUUUGGAUUAUUGAUUUGUAUUUUUGCUCCAAAAUGUUAUAUACUUUUUAUAAAACCAGAGAAAAAUACCAAGAAACAUGUCAUGGGGAGGAAUUGA